AUCCGUUUCAUUGAAUGACUAAGGUGCUUGAAACACUGGCGUUCGUUGUGAUUGGCUCGGCGGUCCCCUGGGUUUAGGUUUGGCAGAUACUGUACGGAGUACGUACCAAUAACCUAUCAAAAUUCCCCAGAGCUCUCCAAAGUCGCCUGUUCUGACCUCAUUAUCUCCCAUCCCACCUUCAACAAACCGGCAUACCUCCACGCCCUCACGACCGCAACAAUGGCCUCAAUUGCUCGCAGCAUGAGGGCAGUCCGCCCCUCCGCUCUCUCCCAGAUCGCAAAGGCCGCCCCCCGUGCUGCUUUCCCCCGUCCCGCGCAGCGCGCCUUCUCUACAACCCCCAUGAGCUUAAUACGCAAGUACACAAAGGACCACGAGUGGGUUGACCUCAACGCCGACAAGAAGACGGGCGUCGUUGGCAUUUCCGAGUACGCUGCCGAGCAGCUGGGCGACGUCGUCUACGUCGAGCUGCCCGAGGAGGGCGCCCAGGUCGCCCAGGGCGACGCCAUCGGUGCCGUCGAAUCCGUCAAGAGCGCCGCCGACAUCAACGCCCCCAUCAGCUGCAAGGUCACCCAGGUCAACGCCGGCCUCGAGGAGAAGCCCAGCACCAUCAACAAGGUCCCCGAGGACGACUCCCACGGCGGCGGCUGGAUUGCAAAGAUCGAGGUCGACGAGGCCGGUGUCCAGGAGCUCGAUGCUCUCAUGAGCGAGGAGGAGUACAAGGCUUUCACUGCCUCCGACGACCACUAGAUUGGGAAAGAGGCGAGGAACGGCACGGCAAAAAGAGACACAGAGAGGGAGGGAGAGGGAGAGCUUAGAAUAUGGCCUGCAUACGGCGGCAGGGCUUACACCAGGCCAAAUUUUACUCAGGGUUGCGGUUCAAAUCACAUAGAUCAAUGAGAUGAUGGUGACCAAGCCCCAUUCAGGGCGAGAGUCUAUUCCGGCAUC